ACCCAGCUGCCUUGGCCCCUUCGUGCUACCGUCUUUUCCGGCAGUUGGGGCGCUUCCUGUUGUCCUCACCCGCAACCGCCCCUCGGCCCCUACCUGAGAACCUUCAGGCGUCUCCUCCCCUGCUCUGACCUGCUGGGACCCGCCUGCCCGCACGUCCAGACCGCUGGCCGGACCAGCGCCUGGGCUGCCCGCUGCCCCCAGCCCUGCCUCCCCUGGGCUCUGCCAUGGCAAUGACAGGCUCAACACCUUGCUCAUCCAUGAGUAAUCACACAAAGGAAAGGGUAACAAUGACCAAAGUGACGCUGGAGAAUUUUUAUAGCAACCUUAUCGCUCAACAUGAAGAACGAGAAAUGAGACAAAAGAAAUUAGAAAAAGUGAUGGAAGAAGAAGGCCUAAAAGAUGAAGAGAAACGACUCAGGCGAUCAGCACAUGCUCGGAAGGAAACAGAAUUUCUCCGUUUGAAGAGAACAAGACUUGGAUUGGAAGAUUUUGAGUCCUUGAAAGUAAUAGGCAGAGGAGCAUUUGGUGAGGUACGGCUGGUACAGAAGAAAGACACAGGGCAUGUGUAUGCAAUGAAAAUACUCCGUAAAGCAGAUAUGCUUGAGAAAGAGCAGGUUGGCCACAUUCGUGCGGAGCGUGACAUUCUAGUGGAGGCAGACAGUUUGUGGGUUGUGAAAAUGUUCUAUAGUUUUCAGGAUAAGCUAAACCUCUACCUAAUCAUGGAGUUCCUGCCUGGAGGGGACAUGAUGACUCUAUUGAUGAAAAAAGACACCCUGACAGAAGAGGAGACUCAGUUUUAUAUAGCAGAAACAGUAUUGGCCAUAGAUUCCAUUCACCAACUUGGAUUCAUCCACAGGGAUAUUAAGCCAGACAACCUUCUCCUGGACAGCAAGGGCCAUGUGAAACUUUCCGACUUUGGCCUUUGCACAGGACUGAAAAAAGCACAUAGGACAGAAUUUUACAGGAAUCUGAACCACAGCCUCCCCAGUGACUUCACUUUCCAGAACAUGAAUUCCAAAAGGAAAGCAGAAACCUGGAAAAGAAAUAGACGUCAGCUAGCCUUCUCCACAGUAGGCACUCCUGACUACAUUGCUCCCGAGGUGUUCAUGCAGACCGGGUACAACAAGCUCUGUGACUGGUGGUCGCUUGGGGUGAUCAUGUAUGAGAUGCUUAUCGGCUACCCGCCAUUCUGUUCUGAGACUCCUCAAGAGACAUAUAAGAAGGUGAUGAACUGGAAAGAAACCUUGACAUUUCCUCCAGAAGUUCCUAUCUCUGAGAAAGCCAAGGAUCUAAUUUUGAGAUUCUGCUGUGAAUGGGAACAUAGAAUUGGAGCCCCUGGAGUUGAGGAAAUCAAAAGUAAUUCUUUUUUUGAAGGUGUUGACUGGGAGCAUAUCAGAGAGAGACCUGCUGCAAUAUCUAUUGAAAUCAAAAGCAUUGAUGAUACCUCAAACUUCGAUGAGUUUCCAGAAUCUGAUAUUCUUAAGCCAACAGCGGCCACAAGUAACCACCCUGAGACUGACUACAAGAACAAGGACUGGGUCUUCAUCAAUUACACAUACAAACGCUUUGAGGGCCUGACCGCGCGGGGGGCGAUACCGUCCUACAUGAAAGCAGCAAAGUAGUGCCCUUGAAGUGGAACCCUAGAUGACACAGAGUUCUUGGUACAACAUCAUGGCUUUCCUCACACAUUUUUUAAAAAGACCUUUGGAGAACUUUAUGUAACCCACCAGUAUGUCAUGGUAAAAUCUCCUGAGAUGUGACAGUGAGUGGAUCCUCUUCCACAGUGCAUCUGGAAACUUAACAAAGACAAUCGUUUCUAAUACAUCGGCCAUAAAAAGCUACCCUGCUUCUUGAGAAGCUUCAUGAGCCAAUUUGAUAGCUAUUUGACAAACACUUUGAGUUUUCCUAAGUUCAUCAGAACGAAGGGGAGUAAACAGCCAUCAUCCAGCAUUAUUGAGAUUGGAACAUGUACUCAGCAAAUGUCAGCCAAUUCCUGUGAUUUAUUUUUUUGACAUGCUUUCUGCCAAGCCCACCAAGUAUUUUUUUUUUUUUCUUUUUCUUUACAGCUGAAACUCCCUUAGUCCUAAAGAAAUAAAGCAAUAAUGAAAGCCUCAGCAGCCAGCAUUUUGGCUGAAGGAACUGCUCCGCCGUCUUCUGAGGGGUGGCAAUGGUAGUUUCUCCCCAUACCUCGGCCUUCGGCGAAUGGCUUUUAACGGCCUCCAUUCACGGUGCACUUUAUUUAUGGUACUAGGAUAAAGACCCUCAAACUUUUGGUUUGUUUUCCCUCUUGCUCAUCGAAACUCCUUACGCUGCUUUUCUGAGUGCUGAGGGGUGGGGAUACCAGCUUGAUCUUUUGUGGCUUUUAGAAGGCCCAGAAGCGACUGGGCAUUGCCAAGGAAUCCCAGAUCAUGUGGAAAAUCCUUUCUCAUCACAGCUGUAUCAGAAAAUCCUUAAAGACAGAUGUUGCCAUGGACCAGCAAUACCCGCCAGUGCUGCCAACAGGAACUGUGUAUCCUGGGAACAUAGCACGGAGAGCGUAUGUGGAGGCAGGGGCCUGGAACCCUCUUGUUAUGGUGCUGUUCCUGCUCCUGCGAGCUCUCCAGAACCUUCUUGGAAGUGGUGAAGGAACUAAACCAAUAGGCCAUACAGAACCAGUUGACACAUCCUGUAAAGUUCACGCCUCAGUCCUGGUGUUUUGUCUCCUCUCCUGGUAUUCCUUCUCUGCCAAUUUUAAGUAACCACUUUGCCUUGUAAUCACGAGUACACAUAUUUCCUUUGCAGAUGCCUACCUGGGGGACGCUCCUCUCCACGUGAAGGGUGGCCUGCAGCUUGGCCUGGCUUGGCCUCUCUGCUGUAGUGUCUUGAGAGGUCCUCUGAAUUUUAGCACAAAGUGCCUUCUCUUUUCAUAGCUGUGACGAUCUUUAGAGGGAUUUGUCAGAAAAUGUGGAGGCUCUAUGUUAAUACAUUAUUACUUUUUAAAAUUCUGUUAACUAUUUAAGCAUCACGUGUCUCUGUGUGGUGACUCUGCCAGCUGCAGAGUGCCAUGGCCAAGCUACACCUGGGAGACAGAUUUCUGCCAGUCUUGAGAUUGUUAAGAUCAGCUUUGAAAGGGAAGUGUGGCCUAGCUUAGCCAUUCAGGAAAGAAACAUGGAAUGUCAAAGUUACAGUCAUAAGUGAAACUUCUUUGGGUUUUAAUGUCUUAGAGGGAAAAAAGGUCGAUUAGGGAAGUAUUCAUUUUGGAUGAAGGUCACCUGUUUGCCCCUUAAUCUUGCUCAUAGUCUGUUAGCGAAAAGUCACUGAUUCUUUUGUGUAACUUUGUAGUUUCUCUGUAUUACCAAAUAGUUGGGGGUCUUGGCCCCAGUCCGUUUUGCAAGAGUGUGUAGUAAACCACCCGUGAAGAGUAGUAACAGGAGCGGUGGGGAUAGGCUGUUCGCUGGGAGUGGCAGGGAUGAUUUGUUUUAGGGGGAAAUGCCCACUUUUUACCUUUGAAAUUUUAGAAUAAACUGUAAAAACAGGAGUG